AUGUGUAUUCAAGAACCAUCUCCUCCUUCUUCCCCCGAACCAACUAACUCCGAACCUAUGAACUCCGAACCUCUCAACUCCGAACCUCAACCCCCACCCGAACCUGCUCCCGAGUCUCGCAAAAGAUCAAUGCCAGAACCCUACACUUCCGAACCAACUCCCAAACCGAAACAUCACGGUGUUUCUUCUUCCACUUCUACUCGACCACCACCACCGCCAUCAUCAUCGACGCCGUUUCUGAACCCCGUCGAAUCCACAGAGGACUUAGUCGAGGAUAUGUUCAAGUUUAUUCCGAUGCCGUUGGAAGAACUCAACCGUCAAAGUCCGUCUCGCUCCUCCACUCUCCCACAGCCACCGCCAAUCAGCGACGAGUUGUUCAAGUUUCUUCCAAUGAAUUUGUUCGAUGAUCUGGAACCACUGAACACGAAACCACUGAACACGAUCUUUCCUAUUCAAGAUGAAAAUUAUUCGGUUCUUGAACCUGUUAGGAUAGAUUGGACUCCUCCAUUUGCGCGCAACAUUGAUGAUAGAAUCUCCGAUCGUGCGGAUCCUGUCUUUACCAAUGAACCUAUGGCUCUAGAUUUCCUUGAUAGCUGGGAAGCUCCUGAAACAAGUCUUCGUCGCCGUAAAGUUUCUGCCGUCGUCUCCUCUUCCAUCAAUUACGUUCCCGUUGAUCAUGACGGUAAUACUGACGUUCCAAUUCCGACACCUCGAUCAAAACUCGUGGGAGCUGGAAUUGAGAAUCUGGUUAAUACUUGUUUUAUGGCUUCGAUUCUUCAGUGCUUGACACAUACUGGGGGACUGUAUCUUUUUAUUCGUUAUUACUCUCACGAUGCUUCAUCAUGUCGCAGGGGUGGUGGUUUCUGUGUUAUAUGUGCUUUCAGUGAACAUAAUGCCCGAGCUUUUCAUAUUGAUCGAAACCCAAUUCGUCCAGAUAUGUUUCUUCAAAAUGUGAAGCAAUUUUCAGAUAAUUUUGUAGCGCAUAGACAGGAGGAUGCACACGAGUUUCUGAUAGGCGCCUUGAAUAACCUUAGAAGUGCCUUUCAAAAAGAUGGUUCAUAUGAUAUAAUUGAACAAAUAUUUGGAGGCGAAAUUGUUAGCCAACUUCGAUGUUGCAGCUGUGGUUUCUCUUCUAAUACCGUUGAUCCAAUACUUGACUUGGGUUUAGCGGUAGAAAAUGUGAGUACCAUUCAAAGGGCUCUGGAUGCUUAUAUCAUGGUAGAAAACAUGGGUGAGAUGCUUAAAUGUAGUAACUGCGACCAACAAGUAUACAAGGAGAAACAGCUUUUGAUUGAUAAGGCGCCAGAAGUUGCAGUACUACAUUUGAAAAGGUUUAAAAAUGACGGAAGCUCUUUCGAAAAGAUUAAUCAUCAUGUUUAUUUCACUAUGGAGUUGGAUUUGGAGCCUUAUACCUCUGCAAAAGGCAAGAAAGAUCCAAUGUUGAAGUAUGAUCUAUACGCGGUAGUUGUGCAUAGUGGAUCCACAGCUAAUUCAGGGCAUUACUUUAGCUAUGUGCGUUCUGAUGAAGACCAUUGGCAUUUGAUGGAUGACGCUGCGGUUUAUAGUGUUUCUAAACAACAUGUCCUGAUUCAAGAGGCAUACAUGCUGUUUUAUGCAAAACAAGGUACAGCCUGGUUCUCUAGUAUUCUGAAACAUAAAGAGAGAGAUUUUAAAGCAACAUAUAUAGACAACACACGGGAUUCAGAUCGUAAAGAAAAGGAUGUUGUUUUUAUUGAUUUGGAAGCAACUGAAAGUGAUUCGCCAGAAGCAAAUGAUGACGAUUCGAUGCGGGCAAAUAAUAGCGAUUCGCCAAAACUAAAUGAUGACUAUUCGAUGCGCGCAGAUGAUAGCAAUUCGAUGUAUGGAUUUAAUAGUGAUUCGCCAGACGGAAAUGAGAAGACUUCCAGUGACAUGUUAGAAGAAGAAGAAUGUGAUUUGGCGGGCGCAAAUGAUAAGGAUUCCAAGGAUGCAGAUGAUAAUGAUUCCAAAGCUACAAAUGAGAUGUCUGUGAGUGAUAUGGAGGGAGAAGAAUGUGAUUUGGCAGAUGCAAAUGAUGAUAAGGAUUCCAAGGAUGUAAAUGUGAAGUCUGUGAGUGGCAUGGCUGGAGAAGAAUGUGAUUUGGCGGAUGCAAAUGAUAAGGAUUCCAAGGAUGCAAAUGAUAAGGAUUCCAAGGAUGCAAAUGAGAAAUCUGUGAGUGGUAUGGAUGGAGCUGAUGGUAAUGAUUCUAAGGACGCAAAUGCUAAUGAUUCAUCUGUGAGUAGGCAGGAUGGAGAAGAAUGUGAUUUGGGGGAUGCAAAUGAUAAGGAUUCCAAGGAUGCAAAUGAGAAACCUAUGAGUGGUAUGGAUGGAGCUGAUGAUAAUGAUUCUAAGGACACAAAUGCUAAUGAUUCAUCUGUGAGUAGCAUGGAUAGAGAAGAAUGUGAUUUGGCGGAUGCAAAUGAUAAGGAUUCCAAGGAUGCAAAUGAGAAAUCCGUGAGUGGUAUGGAUGGAGCUGAUGAUAAUGAUUCUAAGGACGCAAAUGCUAAUGAUUCAUCUAUGAGUAGCAAGGAUGGAGAAGAAUGUGAUUUGGCGGAUGCAAAUGAUAAGGAUUCCAAGGAUGCAAAUGAGAAAUCUGUGAGUGGUAUGGAUGGAGCUGAUGAUAAUGAUUCUAAGGAUGCAAAUGCUAAUGAUUCAUCUGUGAGUAGCAAGGAUGGAGAAGAAUGUGAUUUGGUGGAUGCAAAUGCUAAUGAUUCAUCUGUGAGUAGCAAGGAUGGAGAAGGAUGUGAUUUGGUGGAUGCAAAUGCUAAUGAUUCAUCUGUGAGUAGCAAGGAUGGAGAAGAAUGUGAUUUGGUGGAUGCAAAUGCUAAUGAUUCAUCUGUGAGUAGCAAGGAUGGAGAAGGAUGUGAUUUGGUGGAUGCAAAUGCUAAUGAUUCAUCUGUGAGUAGCAAGGAUGGAGAAGAAUGUGAUUUGGUGGAUGCAAAUGCUAAUGAUUCAUCUGUGAGUAGCAAGGAUGGAGAAGAAUGUGAUUUGGUGGAUGCAAAUGAUAAGGACUCCCAGGAUGCAAAUGAUGAUAAUGAUUCCGACUCCCAGGAUGAAAGUGAUGAUAAUGAUUCCGACUCCCAGGAUGCAAAUGAUGAUAAUGAUUCCAAGAUUGCAAAUGAGAGGCUUGGGAGUGACAUGGGUGAAGACGAUGUGAUUCCGCAAAGCUAG